AUGAAUUUGUCAUAAAAUAAAUCUAUUCCAGCAGAAUUAAUAUGCAAACAUAUGAACAAUAUAAAUCCAUUGCAUGAUACAAAAUACUAGCAAGAAAAAUUUAAAAAAUUCAUCAGUGAAAAUAAAAUUAAGAAAAUUUAUAAUCAAUUUAACCAAGAAAUGUAUCAAUCCAAUCCUGAAGAAUGGAUUUGCUUGCAUGAUGGUUGUGAUUCAGUAUUCUUACGAUAACAAUAAGAUAGCUUUAGUAUUCUAAAGCACUGUGAAAAUUAAGCAAAUGAAGAGGAUAACCAUUGCAUAUUUAUAAAUUGUUAGACAUGUUUAAUUCAUUGUAUUGCUUGCGAUGUAGAAAUACUUGAUUUGGAGAUGUACGGCUAAGAGAAGUAAGAAGAACUAAAAAAUUGGCCUAAUCCAAGAAAAAUCAGAGAUAUAUUUCAUUCUAUAGAGUUUGAUUGGGAUAGCAAUUUAUUAAAAUCCAAUUUAUCGAAUCCUAAAUCUCAUUGGAAAUCAAAUAGAGGAUUAUGCAGUCUAAUUAAUUCUACAAAUACAAGCUUUAUAAAUUGCAUCAUUUAAAUUUUUAGCAAUAUUCCAAUUAUCAAGAAGGUGUUCUAGAAAAUGCAUAAGGUGUAUGGUAAUAUAAAUAAUUGUGUACCUAAAUCCCCUGUGAAAAGAGUAUCCUUUUUUUUUACAAAACUUUUAUAUAAUAUGUGGACAGGAUAAGAGAGAGCAAUAAAACCAUAAGAAUUUUAUAGCUCACUCUAUUAAGUGGAUCCAUCUUUUAGGGGCUAUGGAUUCAAAGAUACUUACGAAUUCUUUAAAAAAUUUAUAAAUAUUUUGCAUGAUGAUUUUAAGUAUAUUGGGAAAAAGAUAUAUGAUAUGAAAAAAACAUAGUAAACAACAAAAGACUUAUAGGAAGAAUGGGAUGUUAUCAAUAAUAUCAAAGACUAUUGUGAUUAUUCUAUUAUUUCUCAAACCUUUAAAGGUAAACUCUGUGUGAGAGCGCAGUGUACUUAAUGCGAAUUUGUGUAUUGGUGUGAAGAAGAUUUUACAGGUAUAGCUUUAGAUAUACCAGAUAAAGAUUGGAAACCUCAAAAUGAUUAAUGGGCAUUUAAGGAAAAAUAAAAGGAAAAGAAUACUAAAGAUUUAAACAUUUUUUCUAAGCUAUUUACAUCCAACAAACAACAAAAGCCUGUGAAGAGAGAGUUUUAUACUUUGAGUGAAUAUUUAGCUUAUUUUUGUGAGAACAGCGUUGUUUCAGAAAAGAAAGUUUUUUUUUGUGAAGAUUGUAAAAUGAAAGUUAAUGUUUCAAAGAGCUGCAAUUUUCUUACUCUGCCAAAUAUACUUUGUCUAUAAAUAUCGCGCUUCAAAUAAGUAAAUGGUUAAAACUUAAAGCUUAAUGACCCAAUAGAUAUCCCAAUAGAUAAUUUAGACUUAUCUCCAUUUAUGAAACAAUUCGACUAAUAUGAUUAACAAUUAACUCAGUAUGAACUUCUUGGAAUAGUCGAACAUGAAAAAUAACUUGGCGGAGAUUCCUACAAUACAUAUAUUAAAAAUUAUAAAAAUAACAUGUUUUACAAGUUUUCAAAUUCUCAAUUUAAACCUUUUGACAUAGCUACAAACAUAAAAGAUAUUUAACCUUAUUUACUUUUUUACAAAUUGAAACAAAAACCAUAAAAUGCAUUGUUCAGAAACCUUCAUAGUUAAGUUCAGCUCAUUAAAUAGGGCGAACUCUAAAUUAAUUUUGAUAAGAGUGCCUACAUCCCAUGCUUUUGGUAUGAGAAAUUGAAAUAUUUAGCUAAUCCUGGGAUCAUUCAUACUUAGCACUUGCUUUGCAAUCACAGUAAAAUAAAACCUGAUUUUUUUGAUUGUUUUCCUCCAAAAACAUCAAGAAAUGCUAACAGUAUUUUGAUGGCAGAAAAUUCUAAUAUGGAUCCCACAAUGAUUAUGGAUUUAUCACAUGAUAAUGAUGCUGACUUAGAGACUAAUUAUGCUGUGGAAUUUUUAAAAAACCAAAGUGUUAUAGUACCAAUCGAAAUAGCAAGUUAUUUGCUAGAAAGUUAUGGUGGUGGCCCUAUGAUAGAGUCAAACUUACCUAUUUGUUAAGAAUGUGUUAGACUUGCUAGAAAUAUCAAAAGAAGAAGAAAAAUGGAAAAAAAUAUAAUAUCUAAGUUUGAAUCUAAAUUUACCGAAGAAACUUAUAUCAUUGAUGAAAAUUGGAUGAUAAAAUGGAAAGACUACCUUUACUCUAAUAAAAAAUUCUUUAAAAGAAACUUUAUAAAAGGUAUGCCACCUCCAGGCACAAUAGACAAUAAACAACUUUUAGGUCCACAAAAUACACUAAAGCCGGGAUUAAAAAAGAAUGUCAAUUUCAGAAUUGUAAAUGAUUAUAUUUGGCAAAUUUUUAAAUUCCUUUAUUAAGGAGGCCCAGCUUUAGUUAUUAACGAUUACAAUUCAAGAAAAAAAAACUAUUAGAAACCGUAAUUAUCGAAAGCAGAUUUAGAAUAAUUGCAAGAAAUGCUUUUGCUUGUAGAUGAGAAAAAAUACAGUGAUUUGAUGAAAACAAUCUUGACAGAAGAUUUAACUUAAAAUAACUAAAACAAAAAGACUUAAAAUAUUCCUUAAAAACCAUAAGUGACAAGCUUGCUACAAAAGCAGCUAAAUUAAAACUAAUUAAAAGGGAAAGAUACUAAUGGAAGUUAAAGUCUUCUGCAAAAUAAUUUGAAUAGAUAAACAAGAAGUAUUUCUUAUACGCAAAGCUAAUCUUCUAAAGAGUAAGACAGUAAUCAAAAAAAUGUAAAUAAAAACAUAAUAAAUAGAUCUGAAAGCAUAGAUAAUCCGAGCGUGACAAAAGCAUCUUAGGAAAAUCAAUACUCUAAUUACAAUGGUAAUCCUAGAAUAAAAAUACCAGUUAAAUAAAACUAUCCUCAAAGGUAAAUGUAAAAUAGAAGUUCUGAAAAGAACUAAAUUAACAACAGCACAACUUCAAACAAAACACUUGAUAAAAAAAACUUAGAUUUAAACAUAGAUAAGAUUAAAAUUUGA